AUGAAUGAAAAUCAGAAUAUAUGGAAAUAUGUUAAACCUAUAUUUCAUACCUUUUCACCACCAUUUCGUGGGUUAACGCUCGAUAAUAAUGAUAGAGAAACGAAUCCGGAUAAAAUUGUUGAAUUAUUAGCAGAUCACUAUGAGAAACACUUUGAAGUACCUAGCUAUGAUAGAGCUAAUCUCGCGCACGUGCAUUCAAUGUCCGCCUACAAAGAAAUAGCUUCAACACCUGAUUUGCCACUUGCACAAAUAGAAUUAGAAGAGGUUCUAAGUGAAUGGAAAAAAAUACGACCGAAAAAAUCUACUGACAGUGCAGAUACAUCUGCUUUUUUACUUAAAAAAUUACCUAUACAGUUUAUUAAUAUUAUUACAGUUUUAUUUAAUCGUUGCGCAGAAAAGGGUGAUUUUUUUCGCUCGGCCAAACAUGCCAAAGUGGUAUGUCUAUCCAAGGAAGGUUUAUUCCCAACAGUUAACAAAUUGCGUCCAAUAUCUCUACUGCCGAAUAUUGGAAAACUUUUUGAAAGAAUAAUUCACCAUAGAAUAAUAUCUUGGUGCAAUGAUAAUAAUAUAUAUAUUGAUGAACAAAGUGGAUUUACGGCAGGUCCAGCAAAUAGUACAUUAAAAGGUAUUCAUGCUUAUGCCAAAGAAAAUACUGAAAAUCUAAAUAGUUCUCAUAGUCAACAAAUAUUAAAUAAUCAACCAAAAACUUGGCAAGAAUCUUUAUAUAAAUUUUAUUUUCAAGCAAAUCGUUUAUAUAAACAAAUAAUUUAUUAUAGUUGGCGUUAUGCUGAAUUACAUUCCUAUAAGCUUUUUCUUUUUAUAAUGGUUCUUGUGUCAUUAGUCAAAGUUUGUGCAUUUAAUGUUUCAUUAAUUAUUUUAACAAUACUUGGUUUAACAUUAUUUCGUCUUCGAACAAUUAUUCGUUUAUUAGCAUUAAUUAUUUCUGGCAUUUAUAUUCUUACAUCGAUGUGUUAUCAAUUAGAAAUAGUAAAACAAGAAAUAAUUGAAAAAAAUAUUUUUGUUAAAAAUUGUUCUCAAAAUAAUCGAAAUAUAACAUUUGGUUUAAAUUCUAAUAUGAUUCCUAAUGAUACAGCAAAAUGGUUUGGUUUCGAAUUAAGAUCACAUAUUGAUCAAUUUGUUAGAAUAUAUAUAUUAUUAACAGUUAUUUUAACAUUUGAUGCUAUUGUACGAUAUCGACAAAGAUAUCGUCGUUUAACAUUAUCAGUUCAUUUUAAUGUUCAUCUUAUUGAAAAUCGUUUUCCUAUUUUAUUUCAACCAUAUGCAUUAAAAAAACUUCUUGAUCAUACUUAUGAAUAUGAAUAUGAUAUUGAUAGUUAUCAACAAGCUGAUCGAAGUGUAAUCGAUUUCUUGAAAUAUUUAAUGAAUUUUCUUUUCUAUCGAUUUUGUUUGGAAAUAUGUCAUAUAAUAACUGUAAUUGUUAUUUCUAUUCAUCUUGAUGUAAUAGCUGUUUUUUAUGCAAUAUGGCUUGGUCUAUUUUUAAUUUCAAGUCGACGAUUCAUUAAACGAAUAUGGUUUAUUUAUAUUUUCUUUCAAAUUGUUUUAUUUUCAUUGCAAUAUAUGAGUGCUGUCGGUGCACCACCAUUUCUCUGCUUUGGUGAGUAA